ACGCGAGGGGCGACCGCGAUGAAGCCGCCUAGUUCAUUGCUAACAAGUGAGUUUGACUCAUCUGAUGAAGAACCUAUUGAAGAUGAACAGACUCCAAUUCAGAUAUCAUGGCUACCCCUGUCACGAGUGAAUUGUUCUCAGUUUCUCGGUGUAUGUGCUCUUCCAGGUUGUAAAUUUAAAGAUGUAAGAAGAAAUAUCCAAAAAGAUACAGAAGAACUAAAGAGCUAUGGUAUACAAGACAUAUUUGUCUUCUGCACCAGAGGGGAGCUGUCAAAAUACAGAGUCCCAAACCUUUUGGACCUCUACAGGCAGCGUGGGAUGAUCACGCACCAUCAUCCAAUCCCGGAUGGUGGGACUCCCGACAUAGCCCGAUGCUGUGACCUAAUGGAGGAGCUUACAGGCUGCCUUAAAAACAACCGGAAAACCUUAAUACACUGUUACGGAGGACUUGGGAGAUCUUGUCUUGUCGCCGCUUGUCUCCUUCUCUACCUGUCUGACACGGUGUCGCCACAGCAAGCCAUAGACAGCCUGAGAGACCUCAGAGGGUCGGGGGCCAUACAGACCAUCAAGCAAUAUAAUUAUCUUCAUGAGUUCCGGGACAUACUAGCUGCCCAUCUAUCAUCAAGAGAGUCACUAUCAAGAUCUGUGUCUAGAUAAAGAAUUGCAUAAAGUGUACAUCUGACCAUGUAUGAAAUUGAAGAGAUCGCUAAUGAAAUUUGUAUGGCAACGAAACCACUAGUUAUCCACCUGAAUGUCAAAUGUAUAUAUGCAAAUAUUCCUAAAGAUUUUAUUGACAAA